AAUCCAAUUUUAUAGAUGAUAUUUUUUUUCACAAGUAGUCUAGCGGCUAAAAAUUUCAUCAUUUGAAUAAAUUGAUGACUGGUGUUUAAAACCCCGACUCCAAAAAUAAUCUAAUAUUCUGGCAACUGAGUUAAACUCACGGAUAAAAUGAUAUUCUAAUUAAUGCAACAGAAAGAUACACUCGGACAAUCUCUCGCCUCAUAUAUCUAUCAUCCCUUCCAAUUUUCAGUUGAAGUGUCGUUCGUGUAUUCAACUGCAAUGGCUACUACAUCUUUUCGAUUACCAAUAUCCAUGCCAACUUCAUCAACCUCUUCUUCUCGUUUCACUCCAAGAAGAUUGAAAACUCUUAGAACAAUUAACGCAAUUAGUAAAUCCAAAAUUCCUAUGCCCCCUUUCAACCCUAACGACCCUUUUCUCUCCAAACUCGCUUCCGUCGCUGCUUCUUCCCCUGAUACACUUCUUAAACCUUCCUCUAAUCCCGAUAAUCUUCCUUUUUUGGAUAUUUACGAUUCUCCUCAACUCAUGGCCAAUUCCGCAGUUGCAAGGGCUUCUGCUAGAUAUGGCGGCAGGGGACGUGUCAGAAGGCCACCACCUGACCUGCCUUCAUUACUGCUCAGCGGUCGAAUUGUUUACAUUGGCAUGCCUUUGGUGUCGGCUGUCACAGAGCUUGUUCUUGCACAGCUUAUGUUCCUGAAUUCUGUGGAACCUGAAGAACCGAUAUAUCUCUACAUAAAUUCCACUGGGACUACACGAGCAGAUGGAGAAACGGUGGCAUUUGAGACAGAAGGUUUUGCCAUUUAUGAUGCAUUGGGUCACAUGAAAUGUCAGAUAAACACACUCGGAUUGGGAAAUGCUAUUGGUCAAGCCUGUUUACUACUUGCAGCAGGGACUCCUGGCAGACGCUUUAUGAUGCCGCACGCAAAAGCCAUGAUUCAGCAGCCUCGUGUCCCAUCAUCUGGGUUGAGAUCUGCAAGUGAUCUUUAUAUUCAUGCAAAGGAGGUGGUAACAAACAGGGACACUCUAGUUAAACUACUGGCCAAACAUACGAGAAAUUCUGAGGAGACAGUUGCUACCAAGAUGAGGAGACCAUUUUACAUGGACGCACCAUUGGCUAAGGAAUUCGGGGUCAUUGACAAAAUUCUUUGGCGUGGCCAGGAGUCGCUUAUGGCAGAGGUUCCUACUCGGGAAGAUUGGGAAAAUGGUACUGCUGGUGCUAAACUUGGAGCUAAAUCUGGAAAUAGAUUUUAGUUCCUCUUUUGGAUACAUAUCUUGCUAAUGUUACAGAUGUUCCGUGCCCUAAUACCAUAUGUAGGAGGUUUCUGUUUAUCUUUAUUUUUUAUACUUUUUUUAAAAAAAAAUUAUCCAGGGCUCCUAGGAAUAGGAAUGUUCCACAGCUAUUCGCUGAAAAGUGGAAACUGUAGUUAUUAUGAAAGCUGUAGUGCACAGAAGGCAUGAAUGAUUGAACAAGAACACAACAAAUUGAUCAUUCAUUUAUGUAUGUGGUCAUAUUUAUGUUUGCUUAUGAUGAUCAUAUUCUUGUUGUCCUUCA